CCAGGAGGACAAGAUUACUAGAUUGAGCAAUUGUGCAAAGAUCAUAUAUUUUCUAUGAAGCAAAAAGGUUUGAAGAAUGAAAAUGGUGAAACAAAGGCAGUGGAGAUUACUAUUUAUGAUUACUUUGUCAACCAUCGUAACAUACAGUUACAUUAUUCUACUGAUUUGCCAUGGAUUAAUGUUGGCAAGCGAAAGCGGCCUACAUACAUUCCCAUCGAGCUUUGUUUUUUGGUGUCCUUGCAACGCUAUACGAAAGCUCUAAAGACCUUGCAAAGAGUUUCUCUGGUUGAAAAAUCUAGGCAGAAGUCACAAGAAAGGAUGAAUGCAUUAUUUAAUGUUUUACGUACCAGUAAUUAUCGUGCCGAACCAAUGCUGUCAUCAUGUGGUGUUUCUAUAAAUUCUAAUUUCACCCAAGUUGAAGGUUGUGUUCUACCAACCCCAGAGUUAAGGGUGGGCAAUGGUGAUGAUUUCUUCCCGAGGAAUGGAAAGCCAUCGAGGAUUGAAAGAUGGGCUGUUGCCAACUUCUCUGCUCGUUGUGGUCCAAACAACAUUGUGCAAAGUCUGAUUCGGUGCGGAGAAAUGAAAGGAAUCCGAAUAGAUCAUCCAUUUGAUGUAUUUAAUGAGAUGGGCCAGAAUAGACGCCUCCCUCCUGUUGCUAGGGUUGAGAAAAUGUUUGAUAUCAUACAGUCCAAACUUUCCGAUGCUCCGCAGUUUCUUCUUUGUCUUCUGCCAGAUAGGAAAAACGCUCUCUUUGGUCCGUGGAAACGAAAAAAUCUUUCCGAGAUUGGCAUAGUGACUCAGUGUAUGGCACCAAUUAAAGUAACUGAUCAGUACCCGACGAAUCUGCUUCUGAAGAUAAAUGCAAAGUUCAUCCGGUUGCAGUUAUAA